AUGGUGGUGCGUUCUACUUUGAGAGCGAUGAUUUCUAAGGUUCCUUACUCGGACAAGAUUCCUGAUGCUGUCAGUAGACUUCUAGAUGAGGGUGAUUCCUAUACGUACAGAGACCGGAUUCUGAGUGUAGACUAUGAAUUCGACAGGUCACGCAGCCUAAGUCCCAAGGACAGAAUCCAUUCGAAGUUGAUUUCCAAUCGUUUGAGAGAUACCACUACAACUAGUGGGGUUACAGGAACAUCUCGGGCACUAAACAUCGUGGACGAAAUUGAUGAGAUAGAGUACGAAAGAAUGGAAUCAAAUUAUGAAGAUAAUGUCUUCAGAGAUGAUGGAGAACUGACGAUUUCGUAUUUGAACUACUGUGACACAUGCGAUGCAAUCCCCGUAGAUACGAAGUUGGCUAUCAACAAACUUAAUGACAACGGCAGGAGUACAGGCACUUCCAGAUCUAACGAUCGAGAAAUGGGAGGUUUGAAUCUCAUGUAUCAGUUUGAAAGCAAUAGCAAUAUGGACGAGCCGUUGCGUCUUGGAGACGGCUUGUCUGACAGAAUGAACCCAUUUGUAGAUGCUUCAGAAACCACAUUAGUCUCUGAAGGUUCAAUGCAUCAGCACAACCAACAGCAGAGGUUUGGUGCUGCUGAGCGGAACUUGCGAACCAAGCAGUAUUUAAGUGAACAGAACAACAAGUUCGACGAGCUUAUUAGCAACAACCUAAAUGUUGUCUUGAAAAAGUACGAAGUAGAAGAAAAGGUGGUGAAUCCUUUUUCAAAUACAGCUUUGGUGAAACUCUUGUAUCAAAAUACAACAGAACAGAUAACGUCAAGAAUACCUUUUGGUCAAUCUAUCAAAGGCUGGUUGCCGUGGAUUGAUAAACCUCAGCCAAAGGAACUCCCAAAAGAGAUUGUAAAACCAAAAUUGAUGGUUCUACCGGAGCCAGAAUUUAUAGCUACAAGUACUCCACAGGACGAUGUAGUAGAAACUUUCCAAGAAGAGGAGUAUGACAGAGAUAUUAGUGUUGAGUUGUUUAUCGAUUCUUUAGACCCUGAGACUAAAGCUAAUUUGCUUUCUGCUCUUCGCAAAGACUCGCAGGAUGAAGAAACGGACGUUGAGGAACCGAAAACAAAGCCCAAGCAAGAGCUGACUAUUGAUAAGCUACAAGCAUUUUUGAUUAUCCUGAUCAAGUUAUUUAUCACUGGAUUUAAAUUGUCAAUUCCAUUUACAAAGUACAUUUAUCAGAAAUUCAAAAAUAAUGAGCUCUUUGUGAUCAACUACAAGAAUGUCAACAAGUUUUUUGACCUUCUAUUGCAAUUCAUGAACUAUUUGGACGGUAGGUUGAACCGCAGCGAGGACGUAAUAGAAAAACUCUACCAACAAAAAGGAGACAAUUACUACAACGAUAAUUUUGAUAUUAUAUAUCAAGAAAUCUCCCAGAACGUCUCCAAUUACAUGAAUGAGCAAAUGAAGAAGGUGAUGCGGAGUGUCGACGAAGAUAAAUCGAUGAAGGGUAUAGUAGCGAGAUAUCUCGUUGCGAAGUAUCUUCCAAUUCGAGACCAAAAGACACAUAUGGAUAUGUCGGAUCCGAAAUAUAGCAUCUACUUCCUGGCUUCCCAUAAUCUGCAACCGGGCACUUUGGCCUCAGGAAGUCCACAGUCCAUAACUCCAGAGUCGAUGCAUAAUAGCGAUUCGAUUAACUCGGACCAGAUUUCGUUAGAAAACCUCGAAGAUCUUUCUGUUCUCAAGAUUGCACAGAGAUUUGUAGACGAAUUGGGACCGUAG